AUGAGCGGAGUGGUGCAGUUCAGUGUUGUGAGGUAUGUUCUGAUCUUUAUAUUGGAGAAACCAAACAACCUUUCCACAGACACAUGGCUCAACACAGGAGAGCUACCUCCUCCGGAAAAGACUCAGCUGUCCACCUACACCUCAAAGGGGUGCUUCAUCCCUAAGGAGGAGAACUCUUCAGGGAUCAAGCAGUUUCGCACCAUCUCACUGCUCAAUGUGGAAGCUAAGAUCUUCAUGGGGAUCCUGGCAAAGAGGUUGACCACCUUUAUGCUGGAGAACGGGUACAUGGACACUGCGGUACAAGGUGGCAUUCCAGGGAUAUCUGGCUGCCUUGAACACACCAGCGUUAUCUCCAAAAUCCUUGAGGAUGCAAAGAAAAACCAUGGCAACCUGGCAGUACUGUGGCUUGAUCUGUCAAAUGCUUACGGAACAAUACCCCACAAGCUAGUGGAGCUGACGCUGAAGACCUACCACAUCCCCGAGCGAUUUCAGGUGCUCCUGCAGUACUACUUCAACAAAUUUAACAAGCAUUUCACCUGUGGAGAAUUCACCACCAACUGGCAGAGACUGGAAGUGGACAUUGUCACGGGCUGCACAAUUUCAGUGAUCCUGUUUUCCGCAGCGAUGAACCUUCUUGUCAAUUCAGCAGAGAAGUUGCGUCGAGGUGCAGUACUUGCAAGCGGAGUCCAGAUGCUGCCCAUUAGAGCAUUCAUGGACGAUCUCACCAUAACAGCAAGAUCAGUACCAGAAGGAAGAUGGAUUCUGGAGGACUUGGUUGAGAUCACCAAUUGGGCAAGGAUGGAGUUCAAACCGGCAAAAUCUAGGAGCCUGGUUCUGAGGAAUGGUCGUGUUCAGGAUCGGUACUGCUUCAAAAUCGGAGAGAACACCAUCCCAACUGUCCAGGAAAAGCCUGUAAAGUGCUUGGGAAAGUGGUACAGGGCGGACCUCAAUGACAGGCAGAGUGUGAAGGAGAUGCUUAGCCAGGCAGAAACUUGUAUGACAUCUCUGGAGAAGAGCGGCCUCCCGGGCAAGUAUAAAGCCUGGGGCUACCAACAUGGGGUUCUCCCCAGACUGCUCUGGCCUCUCCUGAUCUACAAGGUACCUAUCUCCACUGUUGAGGGACUGGAGAGGAAGCUGAACACCUACCUGAGGAGAUGGUUGGGCAUCCCAAAAAGCUUUUGCUCCAUUGGCCUGUACAGCACAGGCAGCAAACUACAGCUGCCAAUAACAUCAGUGGUGGAAGAGUACAAGGCGACAAAAACGCGCCAGUCCAUGAUGCUGCGAGACAGUAAAGACGAGAGAGUACGUCAGGCAGACAUCAUCAUCUGGACAGGUCGAAAGUGGUCAGCCAGUAGAACAUUAAAGGAGGCAGAGGACAGACUGCAUCACGCAGACAUUGUCGGGUCGGUAGCUCAGGGAAGGCUUGGUUUGGGUUGCUCCACCAGAACAAGCUGGAACAAAGCAGACCCAAAGGAGAGGCGAGGCUUGGUGCUGAAAGAAGUCAGAAAGGCGGAGGAGGAAAGCCGGCAUGUCAAGGCGGUAGCCAUGAACAAACAAGGCAGCUGGACUAGAUGGGAGAGUGCGAGAGAGAGGGUUCUAACUUGGCAGGACAUCUGGAGCAUGGAAGGCUACCGCAUCAAGUUCCUUUUAUGCUCUGUUUAUGAUGUCCUACCUACUCCCUCAAACCUCCACACCUGGAGAAUGGUCAAGAGCCCAAGCUGCAAGCUCUGUGGAAGGACGGCUAACCUUGAACACAUCCUCUCUUCAUGUCACUCAAGCUUAGCAGAUGGUAAGUUCCGGUGGCGUCAUGACCAGAUCCUUGCUCAAUUGGCCGAUGGCAUCAAGCAGGCAAAGAAAAGGGCAAGACAGAUGUCCAAAGGGCCUCGUUUUAUACAUUUUAUCAGGGCAGGAGAAUGUGGAGCAGCAGGAGGGAGGAGCAAGGGGAUCCUGGCCACGGCAAAUGACUGGGAGAUGCGAGCAGACCUAAAGAAGCAGCUCAAAUUCCCUGAGGAGAUAGCCCACACUAGCCUGAGGCCUGAUAUUGUUCUGUGGUCUAAAGGUACCAAACAGGUGGUGCUCAUCGAGCUGACUAUCCCCUGGGAAGAGAGGAUGGAGGAGGCCUAUGAGCGUAAGCUCAAUAAAUACCAAGCCCUCAUCCUAGAGAGCCAGCAAAAUGGAUGGAAGACCUGGAAUCUCCCAGUGGAGGUGGGCUGCAGAGGCUUUGCUGGACGGUCGCUUUGGAGAGCCCUUGGACUGCUGGGAAUCGAAGGGCUGGCCAGGAAGCGGCUUGUAGCCAACGCCACCAAGCGGGCAGAGGAGGCAUCUCGCUGGAUUUGGAUGCAGCGGGAGGUGCGGUGGCAGAGCCGAAGCACUAAGUGA